GCUGUGCCAGGGGAGGUUUAGGUUGGAUAUUGGGAGAAUUUCUCCGUGGAAAGGGUGGUCAGACACUGGCACAGCUGCCCAGGGCAGUGGUGGAGUCACCAUCCUUGCAAGGAUUUAGAAGCUGUGUGGGUUUGGUGCUUAAGGACAUGGUUCAGUGGUGGCCUUGGCAGUGCUGGGGGAAUGGUUGGACUCAUUGAUCCAGGAGAUCUUUUCCAGCCAUAACAAUUCCAUGUCUGACUCUGCCAUCAGUGCUGGGAUCUCUGUGCUGGCUCUCAGCCCCAGCCUUAGCGAGGGCGUGGGGGAGCAGGGCAGCUCUGUUGGGCUGCCAUGGGUGCUCAGCAAAGCUGGAGGAGGGUUUCUGCUGUGGUUUUAGGUGCUUUCCCAGCAUGGCUGUGCGAGCCCUGUGGUUUCAGUAGGUGGGAUUUCUAGAGCCCUUCAAAGCAUCCAUGGGCAGCUGCACAGCUGGCUGUGGCUUGGCCUGUCCUGCUUUUCCAGGGGCUGCUGUCCCACUGGGGACUGAGGCACAGGAGGAACUGGGCCAGGUGCUUUAUGGCAGGCUCUGGGUCGGGGCUGAGCUGAGGGAGAUGGUUCAAGGAUUACAGCCCUGAGGGUGCCUCUUGGUGGGGAGUUGAAUCCUGCAAAGAUAAAGUUCAGACAGCCUACCUGCGCGGGGGCAGCAUGGCGCGGCGCCCGCGGAGCAGCCGGGCCUGGCACUUCGUCCUGAGCGGGGUGCGGCGCGAGGCCGACGGCCGGAACGGCGCGCGGGGCUGGGGAUACGACUCCGACGGCCAGCAGCACAGCGACUCUGAUUCGGAGCCAGAGUUCUCCUCCCUGUCUCCCUCCAUCCCAAGUGCCAUCCCUGUGACUGGAGAGUCCUACUGCAACUGUGAGAACCAGAGUGAAGCUCCCUACUGCUCCAGCCUGCACGCCCUGCACCGCGUCCGCGACUGCCGCUGCGGCGAGGAGGAUGAGUAUUUUGACUGGGUGUGGGAUGACCUGAACAAGUCAACAGCCACGCUUCUGACGUGUGACAACCGCAAGGUGAACUUCCACAUGGAGUACAGCUGUGGCACGGCCGCCAUCCGUGGCAACAAGGAGCUGGCAGAGGGCCAGCACUUCUGGGAGAUCAAGAUGACCUCCCCGGUGUAUGGCACUGACAUGAUGGUGGGGAUUGGGACGUCAGAUGUGAACCUGGACAAGUACCGCCACACCUUCUGCAGCCUGCUGGGCAAGGAUGAGGACAGCUGGGGACUCUCUUACACAGGACUGCUGCAUCACAAGGGGGACAAAACAAACUUCUCCUCAAGGUUUGGCCAAGGCUCCAUUAUUGGGGUGCAUUUGGACACGUGGCACGGGACGCUGACGUUCUUCAAGAACCGCAAGUGCAUAGGGGUGGCAGCCACAAAGCUGCAGAACAAGAAGUUUUACCCCAUGGUGUGCUCGACGGCGGCCAAGAGCAGCAUGAAGGUGAUCCGGUCCUGCGCCAGCCGCACGUCCCUGCAGUACCUGUGCUGCUUCCGCCUGCGCCAGCUCCUGCCCGACUAUGUGGACACGCUGGAGGUGCUGCCCCUGCCCCCAGGACUCAAGCAGGUGCUGCACAACAAACUGGGCUGGGUCUUGAGCAUGAACUAUAGCACAUCGAAGCCUUCCUCCUCCUCGUCCUCGGGGAGCGACUCGGACAGCUCGUGUGGCUCGGAUGCGGAGGCCUGCCAAAGGAAGAGGUGCAGGAGGACAUAAUGGCUCUGCACACCACCUGGGUGGGGGUUUGUUGUGUUGUCUGCAGGGGCCAGUCAAGCCUGAUGCACCUCUUCCUUCUGGGGACAUCCAUUUCUAUGUGUUGACAAAGAUUUCUUCAGUGCUGUGGAAAUCUUUGGCCUCGACAUCCAUCACAGGCAUUUAGAAGAGCUGCUGCUCCAAGAGAUGCCAGUUCUGACACGAGAAAUUUGUGGUGAAAUAUCUGAGCUCCAUCUCCUGACUUGCUAUGGAAGCCAGCACCUCUUCCUGAAGGAUCUCUCGUCUCCCUGUUGGCACAGACAAUGUUUAAGAAAUUUCGCUUGAUGACAGGAGUUGGACUUGAUAAUCUUCAUGGCUCCCUUCCAACUCAGGAUGUUCAGGCAGUCUCCUGGUUGGAGUGUGCUGGAUUCCAGUCAGAUACAGGACCUGACUCACUGAGCCACAGUCCCAGGCCAUUCCUCUCCUCUCUGUGUGUGUAGGUUUGGUGUCUGCCAUGACCUCGUGCCACUCUGGGGCACAAUGGAGCAGCAGCUGCAGGGAAAGGGCCCCCAGAGACACUGCUGGGAGCAGGUACAGGAGCUGAGCUGUGGCUGGUGGUCCUCGAGCCCCUGGGGACUUUUAAUUGCUUUGCAUGUUGGUUUCUGCUGCUUCUCCUCUGUCCAAGACUGUGUUAAACUGUAAUAAUAAACGUAGAAGCUGUC